AUGUUAGCGAGCUAUAAUAAUAAUAAUAAUAAUAAUAAUAAUAAUAAUAAUAAUAAUAAUAAUAAUAAUAAUAAUUGUAACAGGUUGGGAUGCGUGCGUGCGUGGAGACUAAAAGAGGAUUCGGUUAGUGAGAUUGGAAACUGGGAGACCGAACUGAUCCCAGGAGUGAGGCAAGCUGGUCCCUUCGCCGCAACGCGACCCGCGAUCUUACGCGAGAGGAGUGGGGUGGGAAUGAGAGAAGAGACGGAGAGGCCUUGA